AUGCCGGAAACAUCACACCUAACAAAUAUCGGCACCGACGAGAGGCCUACAUGGAGGUACGAUGGGAGAGUCGCCCACCAAGAUACACAAAGCCGGAGUCUUUCGACGGCAGUCGCGCAGGGAUGUGAAACCAACCGUCGUCCGUCGAUCCUACGAUUAAGUGAGGCGGAAAACUCACAGCUGUCUGGUCUAUGGCAAAGACGCUCGGCGGAAGCCGAUCUUCCGUUGGGAGACUUCAAGAAACGGUGGUUCAUCCGGGCAAGAUACGAGGCCACAGAAUCGCGCCAAAUCUUACUAGAUCUGUCGAUGGAGGACAUGCUGAGUACCGAUGCCUUCGGCACGCUAUUGCCGGGGUCUAUACAGGGACCUGGAGAUAUCCGAUGGCUUCGUUGGGCUAGCUUUGUCGACACCAAGCGUCUGGAAGCUCUCACAACAGAGGUGCUCGAUUACUACGAUGACGAGUCUGAUGGGAUGGCAGAAGGGCAAUCGAUGACUGUUGACUGGCGUCCCGAUCAUACAGUGGAGGCGAUUCACCAAUCUCGGGCUCAACAUGAGCGAGGAGCGUCAGAAUAUCCCAUGGGGCUGACUGACCCCGGCGCCCAAAUCUAUCUCUUGAACUAUCAUGGACGAAUCAUUUAUCACACCGAGACGCUUGAAUACGCUGUGACGCAGUCCCGACGUCGGUCACUGAGCGAGAUAUCUGCGAUGAUUCCGGAAGGACUGCAAGAAGAGGUCGAUUCUGUGCUCAAGAUGCUUGCCCCCGAAGACUGUGAAAGCAAUACAUGGGAGCGCCAGACAAGGGCUCGAGUUAAGAAGGCAACAUUGUGCGAGCUCCUGAGAACCCACGAGCGCUUGCUUGAUAUGCCCUUGCGGGUCAUGGCUGGGACGGGAGUGUACGGAAGAUGCAGGAAGGGAGAGUGGGAGCCUCAAGAGUGGUUAGCGUGGGCGAGAAUGGUUGACGCAGAGGUCUUCACAAGGGGGCUGCCAUCUGACGCUCCCGCUGGCGCCGACGUGGACGAUCAGCGUGCCGAGGAGCUCGACAUCACUGAAGCGACGGGAGUGGAUUCGAUGGACAGUGACGGAAGCCUCGGAUCUGCAGACACGGCUGCUGGCCUCCGCGACGAAGAUGGAGCUUCGGUAUUCUCUGAGAGCCUCAGCGACGAUCACUGGAUCAAGGCGUAUCUGCUCAAUUAUCAGGGAAGAAUUGUCCAUACCACCCAGAUUCUUGAGGAAGCAGUGCGGAAAUCCAGGAGGCUGUCUCAGCCCCAGAUCUAUGCGAUGGUUCCGAAGGAGCGACACGGAGAGCUCAGUAAAGAGCUCAAGAGACUGGCGCCCACGGACUCUGAAAGCAAGUCAUGGGACCGCGAGACAAGGUCCCGAGUGGAGCGGACAACGUUGCUGGAGCUCGCAAAGACACAUGUGCGCUUACAAGACAUGCCCUUCCGGGUGAUGACGAGGACCAGGGCGUACGGAAGGUGCAGGAAGGGCAAUUGGGAGCCCGAAGAGUGGAAGGCAUGGGCACGGAUGGUGGACGCAAAGGUCUUCACGAGCGAGGGGCCCGGCACGGAGAUGCGCCAUCCGUCAGCCCCAACAAACAACACUGCCGCUCAGAUUGGCUCACCAGUCGCGGAUGGGCAUGAGCGACAUCUUUCUGAUGCGGAUCUCAUGGAUGUACCGCAAGGCUUCAUGCCAGCUGGGCAUAUCCUGGGACCCCGGGUGGAUCAAGCCGACGAGCUGAGGGAUGAGGACUGGGCGGAGAUCCUGCGUGAAUUGAUCCCCGCUACCCCAGUGCCAGGAGAUGGUUUAGCUCCGCAAGAAGAAGGUGAAGAAGGUCUCCGCGACUCAGACGCCGUCAGCUCUUGA